AUGCACCUUCAAAAUUUCCUGGCAGCUCUUCUGCCUUUCGUCACCGUCGUGGUAGCAUGGCAAUCUCCCCAGUAUGCUGGCUACACUCGCCGUUGGCAGGCGACCUUCAUCGGGCCAGCCGAUGCACUUCCAAACUCGAACAAUUGGAACGUGAUCAACAGUGCCCAGGUCUACAACAAUGAAUUGCAGCGCUACACCAACAAGAAAGCAAACAUCCGAUUCAAUGGAGACGGGGCCCUUCAGCUAAUCCCGCGACGCGACGCCAAUGCGCCAAGGGGGUGGACAUCAGGCCGUAUCGAGAGCAAAUAUACCUUGACACCCACAGCCGGCAAGAUCACCAGAGUCGAGUCAUCACUACGCAUUGCCGGCAAUCCCCAGAAGAACAAGCAGGGUCUGUGGCCCGCAUUUUGGAUGCUCGGUGCAUCGUACCGCCAAGGUGUCAAGUGGCCUGAGUGUGGAGAAAUCGACAUCAUGGAGAACAUCAACGGCCAGAACAUUGGCUACGGCGUUGUCCAUUGUGACAAGGGCCCAGGAGGCGCGUGCAAUGAGCCGAUUGGGCUUGCCUCCACCACCACCCUCCCAGACAACCAGUUCCACGUCUGGCGCGUCGAGAUAGAUCGCACGAACAGCAAUUUCAAGAGCCAGACCAUUACUUGGUAUAUGGAUGGCAAACAGUUCCAUCGCAUCACAGGUGCGCAGGUCAACAACAGUGCUGUGUGGGCAACACUGGCCCAAAAGCCGCUUUAUAUCAUUCUCAAUGUCGCCAUGGGUGGCGAUUGGGCUGGCCCUCCUAAUGCUAAUACUUGGGGUGGCACCGGCAGCAUGAUGGAGGUUGGCUACGUUGCUCACUACGUCUCGAAUUAG